AUGUCUGCGUCAGGCCUGACCAGCCAUUUGAAUAAUCCCGAUCUCGAACAGAAGCUGGUUUCGAAAUUGCCUGGGCUACUACCAGCUUAUUGGGGAAUGCAUAAGCAAAGUUUACCGAUCUGUAAUUUACAACAUUUCAGUGAUUGGCUUUUUCUACUAGCACAAGGCGCCAACUCUGUUAUCGUGCCAAAGGAGUCAACAAAGGUGCGCAAACGGGGCGCAAUAAAUUAUCAUUUUAAUGCGGUAAGAUGUAUCGUUUGUGAAGAAAAUUGCAGUGAUGUCUCUAAAUGUGUCUAUUUUAAGGGAUUGACACGUAGUCAAAAAUGGGGAAUUGUUCGCAAGUUGAAACUUUGUCACCGAUGCUUGAAGGGCCAUCCUACAGCCGGUUGUAAAUCGACUGCACCUUGCAAUGUUAAUAGUUGCACCCGUAAUCACCAUCCUCUGUUGCACAACGCAGAGUUAGCUGCUAAAGACGCUCCAAACAAUGGCAAGGGCGUAACUACAAUGCGUGCGGUCAACGUUAACAUGCACAAUGUGGGCCAAGGCAGUACCAUUUUCCGUGUCCUUCCCGUAGUUCUACACUCAGGCGAACGGAGUGUAUCAACAUACGCUUUCAUAGACGAUGGUUCGUCGCUCACCCUUAUCGACGAAGAGCUGCUGAAUAAGCUAAAUAUAAAGGGCACACCACAACCACUGUGCCUGCGCUGGACUGGUGAUACACAUCGGUAUGAGGACGAGUCUGUGGUUGUCGACUUAGCCAUAUCAGCUAAAAACGGUAAUAAGAAAUUCGGGCUUAAAGGCGUUCACACAGUCAAAAAGCUUGACCUGCCUCUUCAAUCGAUUAAUGCUGCUAAACUGCAGUCCAAAUUUCAAUAUUUGAAAAGGUUGCCUCUGGAGUCCUAUUCAAACGCGGUACCACAACUAUUGAUUGGUUUAAACAACGUUGCGCUUGGUUCUCCAAUCAAAUCUUUAUAUGGCCGUGAAAAUGAGCCAAUAGCAGAGAAGUCCAAACUCGGAUGGACAUUGAAAGGACAAGCAUCAAGUACAAACCAUGAUGCGGCGCACCCUGUCUUUCACAUUUGCGACUGCUCCGCACAGGCUGAACUCGUUAAAAUUACUAAAUCGUACAUUUGCCUCGAUAAUUUAGGCGUGUCAGCCAAAUCUUCUGCGUUAAUGUCUAAAGAGGACGAAUUUGCUAUGGUGCAGCUACAACAACACACUGUGCGAGUUGGCAAUCGAUAUCGAACCAGCUUAUUGUGGAAGCACCCUAAAAUGCAGCUACCCAAUAGCCUACCAAUGGCCUUAUUUCGAGCGAAGUGUUUGUUGAAGAAGAUGCAACGCGACCCUAACUUGGCUGAGGUGCUUCAGCAAAAAAUUGAUGAUUAUAUUCAAAAGGGGUACGCUAGACGUAUGACACCAGUCGACAGCGCUGUUGAAAGAUACUGGUAUCUACCGGUUUUUGCAGUAAUUAACCCCAACAAACCAGGCAAGGUGCGCUUAGUCUGGGACGCAGCCGCGAAGGUUGAUGGUAUAUCCUUGAAUACCAUGUUGCUAAAAGGCCCAGACCUAACGACCCCAUUGUUGUCGGUGUUGUUUAAAUUUCGACAAAAGCGAAUUGCCAUGUCGGCCGAUAUUGCUGAGAUGUUUCACCAAGUUCAAGUCCGGGAACAAGAUCAAAAUUUCAUGCGUUUUCUUUGGUAUGAACAGAAUGCCAACGAGCCAACUACAUUCGUGAUGACUGUUAUGACCUUUGGGGCCACAUGUUCGCCCAGCUGCGCUCAAUAUGUCAAGAACAAAAAUGCAGAAGAAUUUCGUGAAGAGUUCCCUGGUGCUUCGCAGUGCAUAAUAGAAAACCACUACGUAGACGAUAUGUUAGUUAGCGUGGAUACUGAAGAAGAAGCUAUUAAGUUAGCGAGAGAUGUGCGUCACGUACAUGCGAUGGGAGGUUUUCACAUAAGAAAUUUUUUAUCGAAUUCAAGUCGUGUGCUAGCCGCCCUAAAUGGCAGCCCCACUGAUGCACUAUGCCUUGAUUUUGAGAACGAGCAGCCAACUGAGAAGGUACUAGGCAUGUGGUGGGUUACCUCUAGUGACCACUUUGCCUUUCGUGUAUCAUCCAAAUAUAAGAAUUCUGAUCUGUUACUUUCUCAGCGGCGACCUACCAAGCGCGAAGUUUUGAGCUUGGUUAUGACUAUAUACGACCCAAUUGGGCUGAUAGGUUUCUACGUUGUAUACGCCAAAGUUAUCUUGCAAGAAAUAUGGCGAGCUGGAUGCGACUGGGACGACCCAAUUCCAGAUGACCAAUUUGCGAAAUGGCUGCGGUGGAUUAAGCUUAUUCCAAAAAUAGAAAAUCUAAGGAUUCCACGUUCUUAUGCGCGAAUCACAUUUGACGAUACACCUAAAAUAGAGCUACAUACCUUUGUAGAUGCAAGCGAAAGUAGCUAUGCAGCUGUAUGCUACCUACGAUACUCACAUGGUAAUUCAAUUGACUGUAUGAUGAUCGCCAGUAAAACCAGAGUGGCUCCGCUUAAAUUAUUAUCCAUACCUCGCCUGGAAUUAAAGGCAGCACUGUUGGGAGCUCGCCUUGCUAAGCAUAUCAUCGAGUCGCAUUCUAUCCACCUUGAUAGCUCCGUAUACUGGUCAGAUUCACGAACGGUAUUAGCCUGGCUGUAUGCUGAUCAUCGCCGCUACAAACAGUUUGUGGCUUUCCGAGUUAGUGAAAUUCUAGAACUUACCGACGUCAGUGAGUGGCGCUGGGUUCCGACUGCAGCAAACGUUGCUGACGAAGCCACCAAAUGGAACGGUGAUCCAGAUUUUUCUAACGAUAGCCGAUGGUUUAGUGGGCCAUCCUUUUUAUAUCUUCCGUGUGACGAAUGGCCCGUGUCUAACGGACCACAAAGUAUUUCAACAGAAGAACUCCGUCCUCAGUUUAUUGGAGCUCAUUGUAUAGUUUCAGAACAACUUCUUAUGGUGCCCAAACCUGAGAGAUUUUCUACAUGGGACCGUCUCCUCCGAGCCACCGCCACGACCUUGUACUGCGCUCGUAUUUGGUUAAGCGUAGUGCGAGACAAUCAAGUCUUACGUGGCGUUGUCACUACCGACGAUUUUCGUAAGGCAGAAAACUUUCUUUGGAGGAAAGCCCAGCAAGACAUUUUCAAUGAUUCGAUAACAUCUUUAUCGGUUGGGAAGGCCGUUGACAAAUCUAGCAAAAUAUUCAAAUUAUCACCCUAUCUGGAUGCCGAUGGUGUUUUGCGAAUAGAUGGCCGAGUUAAAAUAAUAGGGCGCACGGACCAAGUUUUGCUGCCUAACAAUCAUCACAUUACGAACUUAAUUAUAAAUCACUUUCAUGUCAAAUAUCAUCAUGUGAACUCGGAGACAGUGGUCAACGAAAUUCGGCAACACUUUUGGAUUUUAAAACUUCGCAUCGCAGUUAAUCGAAUUCGACGCAGCUGUCAGGUAUGCAAAAACAGAAGCGCUCAACCACGUCCACCUAGAAUGGCUUGCUUACCUACAGCCCGCAUCGCACAAUUUUGUCGUCCAUUUUCCUAUGUAGGGGUUGACUACUUUGGCCCACUUCUGGUCACGGUUAAAAGGAGCACCGAAAAGAGAUAUGGGGUAUUAUUCACCUGUCUGACAACCAGAGCGGUGCAUCUCGAAGUGGCAUAUUCGCUUUCUACAGACUCCUGCAUUUUGGCCGUACGUAAUUUUAUGGCGCGUAGAGGGAGCCCAUUGGAGAUAUGGAGUGACAACGGUACAAAUUUCAAAGGCGCUGAGAGGGAACUGAAAUCUGCGUUUACGCUCGUAGACCAAAAUCGAUUGACGAGAAGCUUCACUUCGGCCGCAACCAACUGGCAUUUCAUACCACCCGCGUCUCCACACAUGGGCGGAGCAUGGGAGCGGCUAGUUCGCUCAGUCAAGGACGUCCUACAACAUAUAUUGACAUCUAACUGUCCAAAUGACGAGAUUCUUCGUGCUGCUUUAAUGGAGGUGGAGAUGACAGUUAACUCGCGACCGUUGACUUAUAUUCCUAUUGACCACGAAGAAGAAGAGGCACUAACACCCAACCACUUCCUAUUAGGCAGCUCCAAUGGUGUUAAGCCGAUUGCAGAACCAGUUACUGAGGGCGUCCUAAUGCGUCGUAACUGGCGAACAUCACAAAACCUUGCGGACGCGUUCUGGCGACGUUGGCUCACCGAAUAUUUGCCCACCAUCACUAGGAGAACUAAAUGGUUCGAAGACGUAAAAACAAUAAAAGUCGGAGAUAUUGCAUACAUAGUUGAUCCAAACAACCCAAGGAACUCUUGGCCCAAGGGUAAGGUAAUUGGCGUGCGAACGAGUGCCGACGGAAGGGUUCGAAGCGCUACUCUCCAGACAAUCUGUGGAAUCUAUGAAAGACCUGCUGCUAAAAUAGCCGUUCUAGAUCUGAAAAGCUCGGUACAUCCCAAUCGGCAGGAUAUACCAGGGGGGAGUGUUACGAACAGUCUGGCAGCACGGUCAGGAUAG